GGCGGCGGCGGCGGCGGAGGCGCAGCGGGAGCGGAGCCGGCUGCACUCGGGGGCUGGCGCUCUGCAAUGAGACAGUAGCUGCAUCCCCGCGUGUGCUGCUGCAGGGUAACAUCUGGACUGGAAUCGAGGCUCCUCUGGUGCUUGGAUGUCCCUAAAUUCCUGGAUCAUCUUGUUGAAGACCGUAUUGCUGCUAGAAGCUUCUCACACUCAGGAUCUUCUCAGUGAAACCGAUACUGCAUAAACUGAGAAUUUAGAUGCUCUGAGCGAAUCCCAUCAAGUCAUCUAUGAAAAUGGUGGCGCUCUCCUUAAAGAUCUGUGUCCGCCACUGCAAUGUGGUGAAGACCAUGCAGUUUGAGCCCUCUACGGCCGUCUACGAUGCCUGUCGAGUCAUUCGGGAGCGUGUGCCCGAGGCACAGACUGGACAAGCCUCUGACUACGGGCUGUUUCUCUCUGAUGAAGACCCCAGGAAAGGAAUUUGGCUAGAAGCAGGACGGACACUGGAUUACUACAUGCUGCGGAAUGGGGAUAUCUUGGAGUACAAGAAGAAACAGAGGCCUCAGAAAAUCCGCAUGCUGGAUGGCGCUGUGAAGACGGUGAUGGUGGACGACUCUAAGACAGUUGGAGAGCUCUUGGUCACCAUCUGCAGCCGGAUAGGAAUAACAAAUUAUGAAGAAUACUCUUUAAUCCAAGAAACCAUUGAAGAAAAGAAAGAGGAAGGGACAGGCACACUCAAAAAAGACAGGACGUUGUUACGAGAUGAGCGGAAGAUGGAGAAGCUGAAGGCCAAGCUCCACACGGAUGAUGACUUAAAUUGGCUAGAUCACAGCCGGACGUUCAGAGAGCAAGGCGUGGAUGAAAAUGAAACAUUGCUUCUUCGGCGGAAGUUCUUUUACUCUGAUCAGAAUGUGGAUUCCAGAGACCCGGUGCAGUUGAACUUGCUUUAUGUUCAGGCUCGGGAUGACAUCCUGAAUGGCUCUCACCCUGUCUCCUUCGAGAAGGCCUGUGAGUUUGGUGGAUUUCAAGCCCAGAUACAGUUUGGACCUCACGUGGAGCAUAAACACAAGCCUGGAUUCUUAGAUCUAAAGGAAUUCCUUCCAAAAGAAUACAUCAAGCAGAGAGGAGCCGAGAAGCGGAUAUUUCAGGAGCAUAAAAACUGCGGGGAGAUGAGUGAAAUAGAAGCCAAGGUCAAAUAUGUCAAACACGCCCGGUCCCUCCGGACCUACGGAGUGUCCUUUUUCCUGGUGAAGGAGAAAAUGAAGGGCAAGAACAAGCUGGUUCCCCGCCUCUUGGGCAUCACCAAGGAUUCCGUCAUGCGGGUGGAUGAGAAGACCAAGGAGGUGCUGCAGGAGUGGCCCCUCACCACAGUCAAGCGCUGGGCAGCUUCACCCAAGAGCUUCACACUGGAUUUUGGGGAGUACCAGGAAAGCUACUACUCAGUACAAACCACAGAGGGGGAGCAGAUUUCCCAGCUGAUUGCAGGAUACAUCGACAUCAUCCUCAAAAAGAAACAAAGCAAAGAUAGAUUUGGGCUGGAAGGGGAUGAGGAAUCAACCAUGUUAGAAGAGUCAGUUUCCCCAAAAAAGUCUACCAUCUUGCAGCAGCAGUUCAACCGGACUGGGAAAGCGGAGCAUGGCUCAGUGGCAUUGCCAGCUGUCAUGCGCUCUGGCUCUAGCGGGCCUGAGACUUUCAAUGUUGGUAGCAUGCCCUCGCCACAGCAGCAAGUCAUGGUUGGACAGAUGCACCGAGGACACAUGCCUCCGCUGACUUCGGCACAGCAAGCCCUUAUGGGGACCAUCAACACAAGCAUGCACGCUGUCCAGCAAGCUCAGGAUGACCUCAGCGAGCUCGACUCACUGCCACCUCUCGGACAAGAUAUGGCAUCUAGGGUAUGGGUUCAGAACAAAGUGGAUGAAUCCAAACAUGAAAUCCACUCUCAAGUCGAUGCUAUCACAGCUGGGACAGCUUCAGUUGUCAACCUCACGGCUGGUGACCCCGCUGACACUGACUACACGGCCGUGGGCUGUGCAAUCACGACAAUCUCGUCCAAUCUGACCGAAAUGUCCAAGGGCGUAAAGCUGCUGGCGGCCCUCAUGGACGAUGACGUGGGCAGUGGAGAAGACCUUCUCAGAGCGGCCAGGACCCUCGCCGGGGCCGUGUCUGAUUUGCUGAAGGCCGUGCAGCCUACUUCUGGAGAGCCUCGACAGACUGUUUUGACUGCUGCCGGGAGCAUCGGCCAAGCCAGUGGUGAUCUCCUAAGACAGAUCGGAGAGAACGAGACAGAUGAGCGAUUCCAAGAUGUUUUAAUGAGUCUGGCUAAAGCUGUUGCCAAUGCCGCUGCCAUGUUGGUACUCAAGGCGAAGAAUGUGGCCCAGGUGGCCGAAGACACUGUCCUACAGAACAGAGUGAUUGCUGCAGCCACCCAGUGUGCUCUCUCCACCUCCCAGCUUGUGGCAUGUGCCAAGGUCGUGAGCCCCACCAUCAGCUCUCCUGUGUGCCAGGAGCAGCUGAUCGAGGCUGGGAAGCUGGUGGACCGCUCUGUGGAAAACUGUGUCCGUGCCUGCCAGGCGGCCACUGGCGACAGUGAACUUCUGAAGCAGGUCAGCGCGGCAGCCAGCGUGGUCAGCCAGGCCCUGCACGACCUCCUGCAGCACGUGCGGCAAUUCGCCAGCCGUGGCGAGCCCAUUGGCCGCUAUGACCAGGCUACCGACACUAUCAUGUGUGUCACCGAGAGCAUCUUCAGUUCCAUGGGUGAUGCUGGUGAGAUGGUACGCCAAGCUCGGGUACUGGCCCAGGCCACGUCCGAUCUCGUUAAUGCCAUGAGGUCAGAUGCGGAGGCUGAGAUUGACAUGGAGAAUUCUAAGAAGCUCCUCGCAGCUGCGAAGCUCCUGGCUGACUCCACUGCCCGCAUGGUGGAAGCCGCAAAGGGGGCUGCAGCCAACCCAGAGAAUGAAGACCAGCAGCAAAGGCUGAGAGAAGCUGCCGAAGGCCUCCGAGUAGCAACCAAUGCCGCUGCACAGAAUGCUAUUAAGAAGAAGAUCGUCAACCGGCUGGAGGUUGCAGCCAAGCAGGCUGCAGCUGCUGCCACGCAGACCAUUGCAGCCUCCCAGAAUGCAGCUGUGUCCAACAAGAACCCCUCAGCCCAGCAGCAACUGGUCCAGAGCUGCAAGGCAGUGGCCGAUCACAUCCCUCAGCUCGUUCAGGGGGUGAGAGGGAGCCAAGCUCAAGCAGAAGACCUCAGCGCCCAGCUGGCCCUCAUCAUCUCCAGCCAGAACUUCCUGCAGCCUGGAAGCAAAAUGGUGUCCUCUGCCAAGGCAGCUGUCCCCACUGUGAGUGACCAGGCUGCAGCCAUGCAGCUGAGUCAGUGUGCAAAGAACCUGGCGACCAGCCUGGCCGAGCUGCGUACUGCCUCGCAGAAGGCCCAUGAAGCCUGUGGUCCCAUGGAAAUCGAUUCUGCACUCAACACAGUGCAGACUCUCAAGAGCGAGCUGCAGGAUGCCAAGAUGGCCGCUGCAGAAAGUCAACUGAAACCGCUUCCGGGAGAAACGCUAGAAAAGUGUGCUCAGGACCUGGGAAGCACCUCUAAGGGAGUGGGCUCCUCCAUGGCACAGCUCCUCACCUGCGCUGCUCAAGGCAACGAACACUACACAGGAGUGGCAGCUAGAGAAACCGCCCAAGCUCUGAAAACAUUGGCCCAGGCUGCCCGAGGAGUGGCUGCAUCCACAAAUGACCCCGAGGCUGCUCACGCCAUGUUAGAUUCUGCUCGGGAUGUGAUGGAGGGCUCUGCCAUGCUCAUCCAAGAAGCCAAGCAGGCCUUAAUUGCACCAGGCGAUACAGAAAGUCAGCAGAGGCUAGCCCAGGUGGCGAAAGCCGUGUCUCACUCCUUGAAUAAUUGCGUGAAUUGCCUCCCUGGCCAGAAGGAUGUGGAUGUGGCCUUGAAGAGCAUUGGGGAGUCCAGCAAGAAGCUGCUUGUAGAUUCGCUACCUCCAAGCACAAAGCCUUUCCAGGAAGCCCAGAGCGAGCUGAACCAGGCUGCUGCUGAUCUGAACCAGUCUGCUGGGGAAGUCGUCCACGCCACGCGGGGCCAGAGUGGAGAGCUGGCGGCUGCUUCUGGAAAGUUCAGUGAUGACUUUGAUGAGUUCCUGGAUGCUGGCAUUGAGAUGGCUGGCCAGGCGCAGACGAAAGAAGAUCAGAUGCAAGUGAUAGGGAACCUCAAGAACAUCUCUAUGGCAUCCAGCAAGCUGCUGUUAGCCGCCAAGUCUCUCUCGGUAGAUCCUGGAGCUCCCAAUGCAAAAAACCUCCUGGCUGCAGCUGCAAGAGCUGUGACAGAGAGCAUCAAUCAGCUCAUCAUGUUGUGUACCCAGCAGGCCCCUGGGCAGAAGGAGUGUGACAACGCCCUGCGGGAGCUUGAGACUGUCAAGGGGAUGCUGGAAAAUCCCAAUGAACCUGUGAGUGACCUCUCUUACUUCGACUGCAUUGAGAGUGUGAUGGAAAACUCCAAGGCACAGCACACCCACGAUGCCAUCACGGAGGCUGCACAGCUGAUGAAGGAAGCUGUGGAUGACAUUAUGGUGACACUGAAUGAAGCUGCCAGCGAGGUGGGGCUGGUGGGAGGCAUGGUGGAUGCCAUCGCAGAGGCCAUGAGCAAGCUGGAUGAAGGCACACCUCCAGAACCAAAGGGAACAUUCGUUGACUACCAAACGACCGUGGUUAAAUACUCCAAAGCGAUUGCUGUCACAGCUCAGGAAAUGAUGACUAAGUCGGUUACUAACCCGGAGGAGCUGGGAGGCCUGGCUUCACAAAUGACCAGUGACUAUGGGCACCUGGCUCUCCAGGGCCAGAUGGCAGCAGCCACCGCCGAACCAGAGGAGAUCGGAUUCCAGAUUCGCACACGUGUGCAGGACCUGGGUCAUGGCUGUAUCUUCCUGGUGCAGAAGGCAGGGGCCCUCCAGGUGUGCCCCACAGACAGCUAUACCAAGAGAGAGCUGAUCGAGUGUGCCCGUUCCGUCACUGAGAAGGUAUCCUUGGUGCUCUCGGCUCUCCAGGCUGGGAACAAGGGGACCCAAGCAUGCAUCACGGCUGCUACUGCUGUUUCUGGGAUCAUCGCCGACCUGGAUACCACCAUCAUGUUUGCAACAGCAGGGACACUGAAUGCAGAGAAUGGCGAGACCUUUGCAGAUCACAGGGAGAACAUUCUGAAGACAGCAAAGGCCUUGGUGGAAGACACUAAGCUGCUCGUGUCAGGGGCCGCAUCGACUCCAGACAAGCUGGCCCAGGCCGCUCAGUCCUCUGCAGCUACCAUCACCCAGCUUGCCGAGGUGGUCAAACUGGGGGCUGCCAGCCUGGGCUCCAAUGACCCUGAGACCCAGGUGGUGCUGAUAAAUGCCAUCAAAGACGUGGCCAAGGCUCUUUCUGAUCUCAUUGGUGCUACCAAGGGAGCUGCUAGCAAGCCAGCUGAUGACCCCUCCAUGUACCAGCUCAAAGGAGCUGCCAAGGUGAUGGUGACCAAUGUCACCUCUCUCCUUAAGACUGUGAAGGCAGUGGAAGAUGAAGCCACCCGGGGCACAAGGGCACUUGAGGCCACCAUCGAGUACAUAAAGCAAGAACUCACAGUGUUCCAGUCAAAAGACAUACCUGAGAAGACAUCAUCACCCGAAGAAUCAAUCAGAAUGACGAAAGGCAUCACCAUGGCAACAGCCAAAGCUGUGGCAGCUGGGAAUUCAUGUAGACAGGAAGACGUGAUUGCAACCGCCAAUCUGAGCAGGAAGGCCGUCUCAGAUAUGUUGACAGCUUGCAAGCAAGCAUCCUUCUACCCUGAUGUCAGCGAAGAGGUACGAACCAGAGCGUUGCGGUACGGCACUGAAUGUACUCUGGGCUACUUGGACCUUCUGGAACACGUCUUGGUGAUCCUUCAGAAGCCAACCCCAGAACUCAAACACCAGCUGGCUGCUUUCUCCAAGAGGGUGGCCGGUGCCGUGACGGAGCUCAUCCAGGCCGCGGAAGCCAUGAAAGGAACAGAGUGGGUGGAUCCAGAAGACCCAACCGUCAUUGCAGAAACAGAGCUGCUGGGAGCUGCAGCAUCCAUUGAAGCCGCAGCCAAGAAGUUAGAGCAGCUGAAGCCGAGAGCAAAACCAAAGCAAGCAGACGAGACCCUGGAUUUUGAAGAACAGAUCUUAGAAGCCGCUAAGUCCAUUGCUGCUGCCACAAGUGCCCUAGUCAAAUCAGCCUCAGCAGCCCAGAGGGAGCUGGUGGCCCAAGGCAAGGUGGGCUCCAUCCCUGCCAAUGCUGCUGACGAUGGACAGUGGUCACAGGGGCUGAUCUCUGCCGCCCGGAUGGUGGCAGCAGCAACCAGCAGUCUCUGUGAGGCGGCCAAUGCCUCUGUUCAGGGACAUGCCAGCGAGGAAAAGCUCAUCUCAUCUGCCAAGCAGGUUGCGGCUUCGACCGCUCAGCUGCUGGUGGCCUGCAAGGUGAAGGCCGACCAGGAUUCAGAGGCCAUGAAGCGGCUACAGGUAAUGGUCACUGAUGCUGGUGGGAAAAUACUCCUGUUGGAGCGGGCAGCAGGAAACGCUGUGAAAAGAGCCUCAGACAAUCUUGUCCGUGCAGCCCAGAAGGCAGCUUUCGGCAAAGCUGACGAUGAUGAUGUUGUCGUGAAAACAAAGUUUGUGGGAGGCAUUGCUCAGAUCAUCGCAGCCCAGGAAGAAAUGCUUAAGAAAGAGCGAGAGCUGGAGGAAGCCCGGAAGAAGCUGGCCCAGAUCCGCCAGCAGCAGUAUAAAUUCCUACCCACCGAGCUGAGGGAGGAUGAGGGCUAGUGCCUGCCCACGAUGGCGAGCCCCAGGAGGUGGUGCCACCCCCACCCCCCCAACAAGAACUGGACAGAGCAGUGCUCCCAAGAGCCGGGCACUUCCUGGAAACGCCUGGCCCUCCACCUGGAGUCUCUUUCUCACUCCUCGGUCCUGUGACCACCGACUGCAUGAUCAUGACCUCACGGUACAGUGUCCUACCACAGCCCCUCCAGCCCCCCUCGUGCCUCGCUUUAUCUCAGGAGAGAGGGGCGCGCAUUUCAUGGACUGUUACCAAAAAGAGAGAAGUCAGUAUUAUGUCGUUCUCAGACACCUUAGUCUUUGUCCUCCAAGGCUGCUCCAGGGCCUCUGUGACAUCGCCACACUAGGGAAAGAACAACAGUGAUGGCCCACAGGACUCGUCAGUAUCGCGGACACAGAUAUUCUCUCGCUAGAGAGAAGACAGAAGCUGGAGUCAGACACUGUUAGGAAAGCCAGAAACGCUCCCAGGUGGACUCUGGGUCUGGCGUCACAGAGGUCCUUGUAAGUUUGGAGCACUGAUUUGCCCACGGGGGUGAAGAACCCCUGCCCCGUUUGCACGCUUUUCUUGCCUCAGUGUGUAAGCUACUUGUACAAUCUACACCCAUCUUGUAUUCUUGUGACCCAGAAAAAAAUGGAAGUUAUUUUAUUUUUUUUUCUCUCUCCGUAACCCAAAGGGCAGAGUUGUGGAAAGUGGUCAGGGUUUAGAUGGGCAGGGGCCCGAAUAAAAUCCUGGGCUCCUUACUCUGCAAGGCUGUUUUGGUUCAUGCAAAUGAACACACACAAACUGUGUCCCUGUUGGGUCUCAGCGCAGCGCCCCCUGGAGGAAAAAUCAAGAGGGAUUUAGUUGGGAAUGAGGAGCCUCUCACCUUCAAGCCCCAUUAUCAGCUCCUGUGCUCUUAGGAGGGUCCAAGUUCAAGGUGGAAGGCUGUCUGUUUAGAACUUUCUCUGCUCUUCCAUCCCAAAGAGGGUAUUCCCCGCCCCCCUUAUCUUACUACAGCAUAGAUCCCUGAGUUUACAUUUGAUCUGAGCUCCUACCUAAGAUGAUGGGUGAUGGAUAAAUGGCCGAUGGCCAAGGGUCUAAUACCAAGCAAGCCCCGGCAGAUUUCAAUGAAUUCAUGAAGGGAAAACCAGAGUUAGUAGGGCCAUGCUGGGGCUGUAGCUCGGCUGGUAGUGUUGGCCUGGCUAGCUGGCACAAAGCGGGUUCCAUCGCUGGCAUCACCUAAACUCGGUGUGGUGGCACAUGUCUACAACCCCAGCACUGGGGAGAUGAAGGCAGGAGAAUCAGAAGUUCAAGAUUAUCCUUAGCUACACAGUAAGUUAGAGACCACCUUGGCCACGUGAGACCCUGUCUCCCAAAGGGGCAAAAAAGGUAAUAGCGGCAUAUUGUUUUCAAAACUGAUGGCUGCUGAAGGCAGGCGCUCCCGUCCCUUAAUGAUCUGAUGCCAGUACCACGGUGUAUGUUACACUCAGCACCUAGAUCCAGAUUUCUACCAAAGAAGAAAUAUUGGUAGACUGGUGGGGAAAAAAAAAGAGUUGUCCUUCAACCUGGCCAGGAGAGUCUUCUCCAGCGGUUUACCCCUGUGCCGCAGUUUUAAAAUAUAAUUAAAUUCAGAAGCUUCCCAGAUUAUAGGGACUUAUGAGUGCCCCCCCCAUGGGAAUUCUUUUCAGACAGGUAGAAGGAUAUACAGAGUGGGGUGUGGGUGGAGAGCUAAUGGUGAGCGCAUAUGGAGGGAAAGAGGGUGUGCAGACUUCAGAUCCAGUAGAGGAGGAUGCUGGGGAGCCCUGGGUGCUCAUGGGAAAGCAGAUGGUCUUGCUCACUGUCUUUCAGUCGAACUCUUCAUGUCUCUGCUGGGGGCUUUCCAAAGCUAUUAAAUCAGACCCAAAAGUUCACGAUCAGGAUGUGAUAAUGACCUCAUGCAGCAGGACAGGAGGCCCUCCUGCAGCCAGCUCACCCUCCUUCCUGUAGGGUAUGCUUCUAGGCAGAGUUCUCUGUCCUUGCCCGGGGGUUGUUAAAAACCUUCACAGAAGUGAAUACUGGAGGAAAAUCUCUAACAAAUGAAAAGCAGAGGGCUGUCCUUUCUGGCUGGGAGGAGUGUUUCAGGAGAACAGGAGUCUGCCCUCCUGUCUGGACCUGUGUGCCGCUAGGAACUUGGCGGGGAGGUGGUUCCUAGGCAUCACCUGCCGUGGUCCUGUCUCACCUGUCCCUUGCUUGUCCAUGCUGCGUCCAUGUUUGUGAAAGUCCUUGUGGCUGGCUGGGUCUCUCCUCGUUUCAUAAAAUGGACGAAAUACUGGACUAUGGCCAUUACUUGAUAAAUGCUGCUGGUGGUGUCUCAGGCACCGAGGGGACUUUUGGCUCCUAAGGCAGAAAGAAUACAGAUGCAGUGAGUUGCAUUUUGGAGUAGUUUCAAAGAAAAGUGGCCCAAGGCCCGGAGUGUAAACCGUAUCCCUCUGUGAGGGAACGGGGCUAGGUAUGCAGAUGAGUACUCUCCCACCUCUAUCCGCAGAGAGAAGCUGCUGUUGGGUUUGGAAUUCUUAGGCUGAUCUAUCUGUCCAGAAUUUCCAUUUUUGAUGAUCAAAAGAGGGAUGUGUCCAGUGACUGGGGAAUUCCAUCUAGCUUGCUUCUUUGGAUCGGGAUGCAAAAGACAUGUUUGUUCAGACAGCCCUGGGUAGCACUUCCACUGGGCAGUUGGGGGUAGUCUUGGAAGUCAUUAUAAACAGAUACUUAAGACCUAGCCAGUCUGCCAGUUGUCGCUGUGGUUUUCAGAGGCAGCUGCCCAGGCUCCCAUCUGUGCACAGCCUUUCAUAGCUAAGCCACUGCCAGAUCUGCUGGCGUAUAUGCUUAAUCCAGAAAAGCCCCCAAGUUGCUCACCAGAGUCAUCUGCUUGUCUUCUGCAUACUCUGCCAGCUGGGGAGAGUGCAGGCAACCGAAGCCAACCCCUCAUUUGUUGAAAACCAGGUGUGGUGGCAUACAUUUGACAGGAGGAUCACAAGUUUAAGGCCAGCCUGGGCUGGGUAGCAAGCUCCUGUCUCAGAAAACCAAAGGCUGGUGGGUGUAACUUAGGGUUAGAAUGGUUGGUUAGUAAACGCAAGGCCCUGGGUUCAUUCCCGACAGCACACAUGCAAAGUAUAGCCAAAAUAUACCACUACCUAAAAGGAUGUAUCUCUCCCCAACACCACCUAAGUGACUCCAGAACCAAAACCUCAUGAAGGAACCAGGGUGGAGGUGGUAAAACCAGCUCUCAGCUCCCCUUCUUUCCUCUCUGGCAAGUGGUCCCCCAAAUCUCCCUGAGCUCUGCAAUUGCGGGCUGUGGCAGCCCCUCUAGGAUGUUUGGCUUAAGACCCUAGCACAGAUUGCCCAUGGGCUCUGCUCUGACCCCUAGAGGAAAUAAGCACUCUGCGACCGAGGGGACAGAUGCUUCUAAGAGAUUUAGCAAAUGCAAGGAAUCCAAAGGAAAAGUUCACUUUCAGGCUGAGAGGCAAUGGUCCCCAGAGUCCUGAAAGCCAGGGGUCUUGAUGGCACAGGUCUUACCUCUCCACCGAGUCCCUCCCAGAGGGUCAUCAGCUAGGGAGGGCACCCCGUGCAAACCCCCAACACCACUGCUCCACUGCUCUGAGUUUGUGCCUGGUGUGUUGAGGUUAUGGUCAUUGGGAAUGAGCGUGAAGACGGACCUUCUGUUCGUCUGCAAAUACCGUGAAGAGCUGAUACUUUUCUGUGAAGUGGGCUAGCUUUUAUCUGGUCUCCCUGGAACCCAGCUCCCAGCCUAACAGGAAGCAACAACAUGCAAACCCCUCUACAGCCGCGCCCACUAGAAGACAAGAAAGAGAAGCUCUGCCCUUGUCAUAAUGUUUAAUCGCAUAAAUUAAUUUAUCUAAUCACAUAAAUUAUUUUUUUUAUUCAUCAGAAAUAAACUUUUAAAGGAAU